AUGCAUCAGGAGGUCAUUAUACACGAUAUCCGGCGCCACGGCUGUGAUCCGGCGGAUUUACGAUCGGAGUUGGUCUCAGGUCUUUUAGAGACGAACUCAGCGAAGUAUAUCCCGUCGUUACUACUAUGGGACGAGAAGGGCCAGGGACAUUUCGAGGCUAUAACCUCGUCUCAUGAUUAUUACCCAUAUCGAGCAGAGCUGGAUUUGCUAAACAAAGAGAGCGAGACUAUUGUCGAGACAGUGGAAUCGGGAACGGUUAUUAUUGAACUCGGAGCCGGCAAUUGCAAGAAAAGCGGCGUCUUGCUCCAGGCAUUGCAUCGGCAGAAGAAGUCAAUCGCCUACUUCGCGCUGGAUGUAGCUGCCGAUUCGUUGAAUCACAGCCUUUCCCAGAUGACACGAAUGCUGGGGAAUUCCAAGUAUAUCUCAUGCCAAGGAUUACUCGGCAGCUAUGAAGACUGUAUGUCACUUCUUGAGGAGGAAGAGCAGCGACUGUUCCGAAACCACAGACCUUUGUUUCUUUGGCUGGGAAACAGUAUCACCAAUAUGGCCUGGGAGACAUCCGUGAACAGUCUCCGCCGACUGCUACAGUACCCCAAGAGCCAGCUACUAGCAUCUAUUGAUGGAAACGAAAAUACCGAAGCCAUUCAGCUUGCGUACGAUCUGCCUGAUGGAAAAAUUCGACGGUUUGUGCGCAACGGGCUCAACCAUGCCAAUAGACUGCUAGGGGAAGACGUUUUCAGCGAGAGCGAUUGGGACUUUGAGAGCAAGUUUGAUGCGGUUGCCAAGGAACAACGCCUAUACCAUGUGGCGAAGCGGGACCUUUCAUUGAAGGUAGAUGGAAAUUUUCUCUCCAUUGCGAAGGGUGAAAAGAUACAUGCGAUUACGAGCGCCAAGUGGACCGCUGUUGAAGUCGAUCAAUUAUGUGCUGCUGCUGGCGUGGUCGUCAAAUCCACAUGGAUUGACCCAUUUGAUAAUUUUGGUUGCUACAUGUUGCAACGGUAA